AUGUGUGUGUUUGUGGAGUUUGCCGGCUUCGCAUUAUCUCCGUCGGAGCCUGUCGGAGGCAUGGGCUUCUCCGGCGAUGCUUUUCCCUCCGGCUCCGACUUGAUUUUCGUGGGUUUCAGGGCAUUUUCUUUUUUUUCCUUUGGCAAUGAGGUGGUUAUUGGCGAAGAAGUGGUGCUAAGUGGUGGAUCGGGUGUGAUUGUGGGCUCCUAA